GUGUUAAAGGUGUGAUCGUAUUUUUGUUCUCGCUGUGAAAGGCGUCUGUGUCGACGCGUAACUAGUAAUGAAUGUAGCCGGCCGGGUUGACAGAAAGGAGUGCGACACCUUUUUAAAAUGACUUUUGCCAAAUUGUAAAAAAGAAAUUGCCACUGCAUUCAGACUCCACCUAAAGAAGCAGUAAGUCGUCUGGUACUCCAGAGAAAUGAGAUGAGGUCUUGGCAUGGGAAACUUCUACUGGCGACGGGGUUUUUGGGAUGCGCGUUGAUGUUAACCAUCUGGCACGCGCCUCAACCAGAUAACAUUUCAUUGCAGCUGGAUUUGAUGUAUGAGAGAUUACUGCGAGCAGAGCAGCGUGGUGAAGUGUUGUCAUACGAGUUACGUAACGUGUUGGGUCAUCUUCAAAACCUCAAUUCUUCAACAGCCGCUAAAACUUCAGGUCAGUCAGCACCUUCAGACUCUUUGCCUUUCCAGCAUAAUGCGCUUCUCUAUUUACCCCACCUGCAACAGCAGAAGGACGGUCUGAAACCCAUCAUUCACCUGGGACAAGGACGAUCCGGAGUGUCGCUGGUGUUAGGAGUUCCCACCGUACACCGAGAGAAACAGAGUUAUCUUGUGAACACACUUCAGUCUCUGUUAUUUGACGUCUCACCUGCUGAAAGAAAAGAGAUUCUCAUCGUAGUGUUUGUGGCUGAGACAAAUGCAGCGUUUGUUAACGGUGUGGUACAGAGUGUGCAGAACAAUCUCCCUGAUGAUGUGAGUUCAGGGAUGAUAGAGGUCAUCUCUCCGUCCCCUUACUAUUACCCAGACUUUACUGACCUGAAGGAAACUUUUGGGGACUCUAAAGAGCGAGUCAGAUGGAGGACCAAGCAGAAUCUGGAUUACAGUUUUCUCAUGCUGUAUGCUCAAGAUAAAGGCUCUUACUACAUACAGCUGGAGGAUGAUAUCGUAGCUAAGCAAGGAUAUUCUGAGUCCAUGAAAGCGUUUGUACAGCAGGAGCUUUCCCAGGAGUGGCUUUAUCUGGAGUUUUCCCAGCUGGGAUUCAUCGGCAAGCUUUUCAGGUCGUCAGAUCUGCCGAUGUUUGUGGAGUUCAUUUUGAUGUUUCACAAGGACAAGCCCAUUGAUUGGUUACUUGAUCACAUGCUGUGGGUCAAAGCGUGUAAUCCAGAGAAAGAUGCUAUUCACUGCAAUGUUGCAAAGGCCAGACUAAAGAGGACUUACAAACCUUCACUCUUUCAACAUGUCGGCUUACAUUCCUCUCUGCAGGGUAAAAUGCAAAGCCUUAAAGAUAAAGACUUUGGGAAGCAGAUGCUGUUUAAAUCUCACAGUAACCCAUCAGCAGAGAUCAGCAGCAGUUUAACUCACUAUCAGACGUACUCACUGGAGAGGGCCUACAGAGGAGAGGACUUCUUCUGGGGUCUCACGCCCAAAAAAGAUGAUUACAUUAUCAUCAAGUUUACUGAGCCUCAAACAGUCAAAGGGUUUCUUUUUCGAAGCGGUAAUAUUGAAACAAAUGGUGACCGGUUUUACAACACGACAGUGGAGGGACUUCCUGUUUCUAGCAGUGUAAAUGAGAGAGUAAAGAAAGGAGAAUUACCCUGCUGUAAACCUUCAUCUGAUGGAUAUGUGGUGAUAGGUUCGUUUAAGAAUGGAUUAGCUGCAGGAGAUGUGGAUAAAGAUCUUGAUCAGUUAUCUGCUAUACGGCUCUUAGUUCACACAGAUUCAGAUGUUUGGGUUCUUCUUAGUGAGAUCCUGAUUAAAGUUUGAUGAGAGAUCUGAUAACAGAUAAAAUACCUCAUGUCUCACGUUAAGGACAACACUGCACCCUGAUGUUCAGCAGAUGAACUUUACUGUUAUAGGAUGACUACCAUUACUGUAUGAUGUCUUUCAGUGAACACAAUACUGAAUGAUGGGAUGUUUUUUGUUUCCAAUGUUGUUUGACCACGAAGGUCUUUGUUUGUUA